UCCGGCUCCGUCAUCUUUCUUUCCGGUUUAGCGCCGCUCAGCCACCAUCAUGAAGGUCGAGUUGUGCAGUUUCAGUGGGUACAAGAUUUACCCCGGCCAUGGCCGCCGAUACGCCAGGAUAGACGGCAAGGUGUUCCAGUUCUUGAACGCCAAAUGUGAGUCUGCUUUCCUGUCCAAGAGGAACCCCAGACAGAUCAACUGGACUGUUCUGUACAGACGCAAGCACAAGAAGGGUCAGGCUGAAGAGGUUUCUAAGAAGCGUACCCGCCGUGCUGUCAAGUUCCAGAGGGCCAUCACCGGUGCCUCUCUUGCCGAGAUCAUGGCCAAGAGGAACCAGAAGCCAGAGGUCCGCAAGGCUCAGAGGGAACAGGCCAUCAGAGCUGCAAAGGAAGCCAAGAAGGCAAAGCAGGCCGCCAAAAAACCCGCUGCCACCACAGCAAAGGCUUCCACCAAGGCCGCACAGAAGCCCAAGAUCGCCAAGCCCAUGAAGGUCAGCGCCCCACGUGUUGGAGGAAAGCGCUAAUCUAACUCUUGGCGUUUGUGUUAAUAAAAGUUUUGUGGUUCACCACCA